CACACACACACACACACACCUACACCUACACAACAGGCAGACACAACACCAACACACACACACCCACACAUCAACACGCGGCCAGCAAACACAAUUUUCAGCUGGCCAAAAAGAAAAUUCUUGCCUGUUGCAGCCAAAGCGUUAGCAAACAAAGUGAUAAAGACAAAGUGUUCAAGAAAAAAUGUACUACAUGUUAUUAAAUAUUAUACAAAACAAAAAAGAAAACAACAAAUAAUUACUAAAAAUAAUCAAACGCUAAACUGGAAAACGGAGCGAUGGCAAGGCACAGGUUUUCAACAGGAUGUCCCGUCUAAGAUGCGCACAAUUAGCUUAAACUGACGGCAGGACGUGGAGAGCAGGAGCAACAGCAACAACAACAGCCAGAAUUUACAAGCAAAAGGAUAAUCACAAUCACCAAGCAGCGAAAUAAAAUACCAAAGCCGAUACUUAACAACCGAACUAUUAUCGAACUAUUUUAACAACUUAAAUGUAGCACAACAGAAGCCUUACAAAACAACAAAACCAUUUGUGCUGUGCUUUAAUUAUAGUCAAAACCGAAAAAAAACACGAAAACAACCCCGAAAACCGCGUAAUUAUUACACAUUAAAUAAUAAUAAUCAUUAUUCUUCCACUUGCGAGUUUGAAAUGUGUACAUUUUUAAAUCGAUAUUUAAAAUAGUAGCGAAUUAUUAAAUACCAAACGAAUAACAGUUUAACGUUCAUUAAAACUUAGCAAAGAGCGUUGUGAAUUUAACAAAAAAAAAAGAAAUAAACCAAAAAUUAAACGGUUAACGAUCCUCUAAAUUAGAACAAAAAUUGUACGCAAUUAGUAGAAUUUAAAAGUAAGAUUUUAAUCCAAGCUAAAUUUUUAAACGAGCUUCAAACACACACGUUGAAAAACAUAAAAACUCACCUACACCCGGGCAGAACCUUAUCCUUAACCUUAACCACGGCGGCAGGAUUGUAAGGGUAACAAUCAAAUGCUUGGCUCAGCGCCAAAAAGUAGGCAGCAGCACAAAGCACAGCCCAAAAGUAGGCAGUAGAAAAUUUAUACAAAUUCGGCGCCAGCGGUGGAAGAAGGACGAAAAAAGCGCCAAGGACUCCGACGACCUUCGCGUGUGCAAGCGUCGUUGCACAAUAAAGGACGCCACUAACACUCUCAGCCAGACACAAAUACACCUAUACCUACCCACCCAUACACUCACCCAGACACACAGGAAAUCACACACAAGCACACAUACGUCCACAGGACAAUUGCAUGGGCGGCCGCCAUGACCGGAAGUGAAGUACGGUCACGUCCACGUCCACUGGCCUUUGCAUAACAAUCAGCCCGCCAAGGAGCCGCCUAGAAAGCAGCAGGAGAAAGCAGGAGAAAGCAGUGAAAGCAGGUGAACAAGAAGGCGGCAAGGGAGAGAGAGAAACCAGGAAUAAUAACAACGAGCACAGGAGCGCCACUUUCACCCGCCAGCGGCCCCUUAAAAAUGCAGGAAAUGAGCUACCUACAGGAUAAUUCCAAGAUUGAGGCCCUCACCAAGGCGGUGCUCAUAUCCAUACUGGGCGUGGCCAUCGUCCUGUCCAACCUCCUCAUCAUCGCCACCUAUGCCAACUUCAAGGGACCCACAGAGGUGAUAAACUACUACCUGUUGUCCCUGGCCAUUGCCGAUCUGCUCUGCGGUCUGCUGGUGGUGCCCUUCUCCGUGUAUCCCGCUUUGACUGGAGAAUGGAUGUACGGCGACAUUGUGUGCCGCUUCACGGGGUAUUUGGAGGUCACUCUGUGGGCGGUGUCUGUCUACACCUUCAUGUGGAUAUCGGUGGAUCGGUAUUUGGCGGUGCGGAAACCACUGCGAUAUGAAACGGUCCAGACGAAGACGAGAUGCCAAUGCUGGAUGGUGUUCACCUGGAUAUCGGCGGCCCUGCUCUGCUGCCCCCCAAUUCUGGGCUACUCGAUGCCGAUCGAGAACAACAUGACGCACAUCUGCAUGCUGGACUGGGGGAACAUGGCCGCGUAUACUGUCACACUGGCCAUUUUAGUCUUAGGUCCCAGCCUCAUUUCAAUCGUACACAACUACGGCUAUAUCUUUGUAAUGAUGCGUAAGAUUAGGUCCGGCGAGCCGAUACACGAUAAAGAAUAUGCAACUGCUCUGGCUGAAAAUUUAUCGAACCCUAGUCAUAUGAUGUCAUUCGCAUUAGUCUUUGCAUUCUGGGUGUCCUGGCUGCCAUGGAUUCUGUUGCGUCUGUAUGAGGUGGUCACGGGCUAUGUUAUCCAAAGUACUCUUAUCAACUUCGCCGUCGUCUGGAUCGGCAUAUUGAAUUCGUUUUGGAAAAUUUUGAUCAUGACCAGUAUGUCGCCGCAAUUCCGUAUCGCUUUGAGAGUAUUUUGCUUAACCAUUUGUUGUAAGACUAAGGGCCGUUUGCAAGCAGAGCUAAUCGGGUUGGACCCAGAUGACUAGAGUUAGAUUUAGAUUUUCAUUCUCCUCAAAAAAAAUUCAAAUAACUAUCCGCAAAAUCCCCCAUCCAACCCCCUUUCCGCCAUCCCUUUGAGAAGAACCACAAAGUCCUGCAAGUAAUAAAAAAUUGGUUGUAAUUGCAUUGAGCCAUUUCCUUAACAAUCUCUAUCUCUAUAUAAACACUUACUUGCCUGUUUGCCAUAUAGUUGCAUAUUUACGGGCCGUUUGGCGCUACGCGACAUGCCAAUGAAAGCACCACCAACCAAACACAGCCACUGAAAAACUGAAAUACGCAACCACUCAGCCACUCAACCACUCAACCACCCAACCACCAAUCAUACAGAAAACCACACAGAGACACCAAAAACACAGACACGUUGAAAGACAUAUUCAUAUUUCUAGACCUAAGCUAAGCUAAGAGUUUUUAGCGUAUCCAAUUAUGAUUGAUUAAUUGAUUGAUUGAUUGAAUUGAAUUGAUUGACGAUUAUUAUUGUGUAUUUAUGAGCUUACCACGUAUAUACUUGUACUUAACUCUAGCCAUAUGUAUUUGUAGCAGCGAUUCAAAUUCUAAUUCGUAGACAAGAGACAAUUCACUAGGCAAGAACAACAUUUCCGUUUCCGGUUUACAGUUCAAACUUGCUACUACAAAAAAAAUAUAACAAAUAUACGAAAAUCAUAUGCUACUCAAGAAGCAAGAUAAUUAUCUAAAGAAUGCAUAAGUAUAUACCUUUUUCAAAGUCCAUAUUAAGUAGCAUUUAGAAUUUUACAAAAAAAUCGUGUAGAGUUUAUUAAACAAUUUGCCAAACUUGACGACGGGCCGGAAAUGCAGAAUUCAAAAUUCUAACAAAAUUCAAUCUUCGCACGCUUUGCGAAUGCGCUUUAGAAACGAAAAACCCAGGCCCACUAAACGAAUAAAAACAAAAACUCAACACAGCAAAAAUGUUAAAAUCCAAAGGCGAAGAAACCCGAAAAAACAUUUCCAGUAGUUCUUAGCGAUAUAAAUAAAUAAAGAAAAUGAAAGGAUAUAGGCUAGUGUCAAGAUUCGAUCGUUGUUAAAAUCGCAGAUGUAUGUACAUAUUUUCCUUUUGGCCGCCCCCGAACGCUUCGAUUUGGUGGGGUUACCCAUAAUUUCGCCUAGUUCCCUUAGUGGGUCAAAUUCAGUUUCCCAGGACCUGCCGUUGAAGCGUCCAGGGUCCCAAGUCGAGUGUUUGUAGUUGAAUAUUAUUGACGAUUAUUGAUGAUAUAUUAGCCGCAAACAUGCCGAAUGCGAAAAUAAUGAACGAACUCGAAAACGAAACAUUGUGUAUAUUUUGUUGUUGUACAUUUCAUUGAUGAUCUUUUGUACAUUUAGUUAUAGUUCGAAACUAAUUUACACACAAAAAGGCAAGUGUUAUCGAUUUUUAAGUGUAAGGAAAUUGUUAGAGCCAUAUAAGCAGAUAGAAAAGUCGUUUCGAAAAAUAUAAACAAUGAACGCAGUAAAUAAAUGCAAAAAUGAUGAUAA